GUGUAUGGGGAGAAACGGGACAACAUGGUCAUCCCCGUCCCCGAAGCAGGGAGCAACAUCGCCUACUACGAGUCCCUCUACCCUGGGGACUUCAAGAUGCCAAAGCAGCUUAUUCACAUACAGCGUGAGGAGUAUUACUGUUCAUGUAGCCUGUUUGUCAGCGCUCUUUGUUUUUCUGCUGUGUCUGUUAGCUCUCUGUCUGUCUCUUUGGUCAGUCGGCAGAUGUUUGUUUUUCUUCUCUUGAGUGAGCCUGGCGGGUGUGCACAUUCUGCAGUUUGUGUUCAUGUUGCUGUGUGUGUGUUUGUGAGUUUUCAGUGCUUGUGUGCUCUGUCUGAGGUAUGUUUAAAGCCCCAGUGCAGUCCAAAUGUGUUUUUCCUGUGUUAAAAAAAAGUAUAUAUAUACAGUGAGGGAAAAAAGUAUUUGAUCCCCUGCUGAUUUUGUACGUUUGCCCACUGACAAAGAAAUGAUCAGUCUAUAAUUUUAAUGGUAGGUUUAUUUGAACAGUGAUAGACAGAAUGACUACACAAAAAUCCAGAAAAACGCAUGUCAAAAAUAUUUAUAAAUUGAUUUGCAAUUUAAUGAGGGAAAUAAGUAUUUGACCCUCUCUCAAUCAGAAAGAUUUCUGGCUCCCAGGUGUCUUUUUAUACAGGUAACGAGCUGAGAUUAGGAGCACACUCUUAAAGGGAGUGCUCCUAAUCUCAGUUUGUUACCUGUAUAAAAGACACCUGUCCACAGAAGCAAUCAAUCAAUCAGAUUCCAAACUCUCCACCAUGGCCAAGACCAAAGAGCUCUCCAAGGAUGUCAGGGACAAGAUUGUAGACCUACACAAGGCUGGAAUGGGCUACAAGAUCAUCGCCAACCAGCUUGGUGAGAAGGUGACAACAGUUAACAGCGAUUAUUCGCAAAUGGAAGAAACACAAAAGAACUGUCAAUCUCCGUCGGCCUGGGGCUCCAUGCAAGAUCUCACCUCGUGGAGUUGCAAUGAUCAUGAGAACGGUAAAGAAUCAGCCCAGAACUACACGGGAGGAUCUUGUCAAUGAUCUCAAGGCAGCUGGGACCAUAGUCACCAAGAAAAUAAUUGGUAACACACUACGCCGUGAAGGACUGAAAUCCUGCAGCGCCCGCAAGGUCCCCCAGCUCAAAAAAGCACAUAUACAGUCCUGUCUGAAGUUUGCCAAUGAACAUCUGAAUGAUUCAGAGGAGAACUGGGUGAAAGUGUUGUGGUCAGAUGAGACCAAAAUCGAGCUGUUUGGCAUCAACUCAACUCGCCGUGUUUGGAGGAGGAGGAAUGCUGCUUAUGACCCCAAGAACACCAUCCCCACCGUCAAACAUGGAGGUGGAAACAUUAUGCUUUGGGGGUGUUUUUCUGCUAAACGGACAGGACAACUUCACCACAUCAAGGGGACGAUGGACGGGGCCAUGUACCGUCAAAUCUUGGGUGAGAACCUCCUUCCCUCAGCCAGGGCAUUGAAAAUGGGUCGUGGAUGGGUAUUCCAGCAUGACAAUGACCCAAAACACACGGCCAAGGCAACAAAGGAGUGGCUCAAGAAGAAGCACAUUAAGGUCCUGGAGUGGCCUAGCCGGUCUCCAGACCUUAAUCCCAUAGAAAAUCUGUGGAGGGAGCUGAAGGUUCGAGUUGCCAAACGUCAGGCUCGAAACCUUAAUGACUUGGAGAAGAUCUGCAAAGAGGAGUGGGACAAAAUUCCUCCUGAGAUGUGUGCAAACCUGGUGGCCAACUACAUGAAACGUCUGACCUCUGUGAUUGCCAAAAAGGGUUUUGCCACCAAGUACUAAGUCAUGUUUUGCAGAGGGGUCAAAUACUUAUUUCCCUCAUUAAAAUGCAAAUCAAUGUAUAAUAUUUUUGACAUGCGAUUUUCUGGAUUUUUGUUGUUGUUAUUCUGUCUCUCACUGUUCAAAUAAACCUACCAUUAAAAUUAUAGACUGAUCAUGUCUUUGUCAGUGGGCAAACGUACAAAAUCAGCAGGGGAUCAAAUACUUUUUUCCCUCACUGUAUAGAUCUCCACACUAAUAAUAAUAAUAAUAAUAAUAAUACUGUGAAAUUGUGAAAUUAAUGCCCUUUUAGUGUAAGAGUUGUUUGAAAAGAGCACCUGAAAUUUCAGCCUGUUUUGGUGGGAUGGAGUUUUGGCCUUCCAUGGUGACAUCACCAUGUUGUAAAUUAGUUAGGCGUAAUAGACCAAUAAGAAAGCGUUCCAAACCUCUGCACAUUUUUUCAGUUUUUUUGCCUUCCCACUCAGACCACUCCCAGACAGUCCUAGCAAAAAUCUUGUUUGAGAAAUUGCCCUUUGCUAAGAAGCUGUUUUUGUUUGUUUUGACAAUUUUUAUUGAAAACAAUCACAGUAAGGUACUUAAUUGUUACCCAGAAAUGAUUUGAUAUUGAGAUAAAAAUGGCUGCAUUGGACCUUUUUUAAGUGAUUGUCUGCCCCUGGGGUGUCUCUAAUAGCAGCAGUGUGAUCCAGAGGUGUCCUGCUGUCUGAAAGCAUUUGCGCACACUCGCACAGUGAGAGACGGCACAGAUGGGGAAGUAGAGGGGCACAGACUAGGCAGGGGGUCUGAAUAGUCUAAGCCCAGGGGACCCCCUCUCAGCCCCAGCUCACAAACACUCCUGUCGGCUCUGUUUUUUCUAAGGGGCUUUCAUGUAGAACCAAAGGAAAAGGGAGGGCAGACUUUUUGCAAGCUUAGCCUAUUUCUGGAGUUGGCCGCAUUACGCUGCUGAUUGUGAUCUGCGCUGAAUAUAGAGACGUGUGUUUUUACCAGAGUUCCCAUGGUCAUCUUUCUGUAUCCCCUAUUCACUGUUAAGUAAACUACUUUUGACUAGGGCCGGUCAAUUAGUGCUCCGGUCAAAAGUAGUGCACCAUAAAGGGAAUAAGGUGCCAUUUGGGAAGCACUACUACUUGGGAAGUGUUGCAGCAUGUUUUUGGGCUUCAGGGCAGGAGUAUGGUGGACUGAAGAUGGCGGUGCAGAAUGCCUCGUGAAAAAGCAUAUCAAUUAAUGUACUUUUACGCUGAUCUGCUCACUCCUGGGCAAAAUCAUCCAAACUGGAUAAUAACGCAAAACAGUUUGUAAUUUUAUAGACAAAUACUACCGACGCAGUCAACACCAAAACAUGGUGGAGAUUAAACACAGAAAGAAUGGAACACCAAACUCUAAAAGAGAACUAACAGACUAACUAACAAACAGAUUUACGGAUUACCGUAAAUAACAAAAUACAACAGUUAUGUAUAGUAUUUAUAAAUGUACUGAACAAAAAUAUAAACGCAACAUGCAACAAUUUCAUAUAAGGAAAUCAGUCAAUUGAAAUGAAGUCAUUAGGCCCUAAUCUAUGGAUUUCACAUGACUGGGAAUACAGAUAUGCAUCUGUUGGUCACAGAUACCUUUAAAAAAAAACAAAAAAAAACAGUCAGUAUCUGGUGUGACCACCAUUUGCUUCAUGCAGCGUGACACAUCUCCUUCGCAUAGAGUUGAUCAGGCUGUUGAUUGUGGCCUGUGGUUGGACGUACUGCCAAAUUCUCUAAAACUACGUUGGAGGCGGCUUGUGGUAGAGAAAUUAACAUUAAAUUCUUUGGCAACAGCUCUGGUGGACAUUACUGCAGUAAUGUCCAGACAUCUGUGGCGUUGUGUUUUGAAAAAACUGCACAUUGUAGAGUGGCCUUUUAUUGUCCCCAGCACAAGGUGCACAUGUGUAAUGAUCAUGCUGUUUAAUCAGCUUCUUGAUAUGCCACCCUGUCAGGUGGAUGGAUUAUCUUGGCAAAUAAGAAAUAUGCACUAACAGGGAUGUAAACAAAUUUGUUCACACAAUUUGAGCGAAAUAAGCUUUCUGUGCAUAUGGAAAAUGUCAGGGAUUUUUUUUAUUUCAGCUCAUGGAACAUGGGACCAAUACUUUACAUGUUGCGUUUAUAUUUUUCUUCAGUGUAGAAAGUUGGCCAAAUUAGAUAAGAUUUUGCUACCAUGGAAAGGACAACACCUGUAUAUUUGGGGAAAAAUCACCCUGAUUAAUUCUUUAGUCAUAUCCUAGUUUACCUAUUUACUUAUGGCCCUGCCUACGCCUAACGACUUGUUUAAAAAAAUUAAAUGAGCACAAAAUAUUCCACUUUAUUUGGAAAGGCAAGCCAGACAGAAUUCAUACCCCUUGACUUAUUCCACAUUUUGUUGUUACAGCCUGAAUUAAAAAUGGAUUUUUCUCACCAAUCUACACACAAUAACCCAUAAUGACAAAGUAAAAACAAGUUUUUAGAAAUUUUUGCAAACUUAUUGAAAUACAGAAAUCUAAUUUAUAUAAUUAUUCAUUCCCCUGAGUAAAUACUUUGUAGAAUCACCUUUGGCAGCGAUUUAAGGCUGUGAGUAUUUCUGGGUAAGUCUCUAAGAGUUUUCCACAUCUGGAUUGUGCGACAUUUGCCCAUUUAUUCUUUUCAAAAAUUGGUUGUUGAUCAUUGCUAGACAACCAUUUUCAGGUUUUGCCAUAGAUUUUCAAGUAAAUUUAAGUCAAAACUGUAACUCGGCCACACUCACUGUCUUCUGGGUAAGCAACUCCAGUGUAGAUUUGGCCUUGUGUUUAAGGUUAUUAUCCUGCUGAAAGGUACAUCUCCCAGUGUCUGUUGGAAAGUAGACUGAAUCAGGUUUUCCUCUUGGAAAUUGCCUGUUUUAGCUCCAUUUAUUUUUUUAUUCUGAAAAACUCCCCAGUCCUUAACGAUUUACAAGCAUACCCAUAACAGCCACCACUAUACUUGAAAAUAUGGGAAGUGGUACUCAGUAAUGUGUUGUAUUGGAUUUGCCCUAAACAUAGCACUUUGUUUUCAGGACAAUUUGCAGUAUUACUUAAGUGCCUUAAUGCAAACAGGAUGCAUGUUUUGGAAUAUUUUUUAUUCUGUACAGGCUUUGUUCUUUUCACUCUGUCAAUUAGGUUAGUAUAAUGGAGUAACUACAAUGUUGUUAAUCCAUCCUCAGUUUUCUCCUAUCACAGCCAUUAAACUCUGUAACUGUUUUAAAGUCCCCAUUGGCCUCAUGGUGAAAUCCCUGAGCAGUUUCCUUCCUCUCCUGCAACUGAGUUAGGAAGGACGCCUGUAUCUUUGUAGUGACUGGGUGUAUUGAUAUACCAUCCAAAGUCUAAUUAAUAACUUCACAAUGCUCAAAGGGAUAUUUAAUGUUUGCUUUUUUUUACCCAUCUACCAAUAGGUGCCCUUUGACGAGGCAUUGGAAAACCUCCCUGGUCUUUGUGGUUGAAUCUGUGUUUGAAAUUCACUGUUCGACUGAGGGACCUUACAGAUAAUUGUAUGUGUGGGGUGCAGAGAUGAGGCAGUCAUUCAAAAUCAUGUUAAACACUAUUAUUGCACACAGUCCAUGCAACCUAUGUGACUUGUUAAGCAAAUCUUUACUCCAGAACUUAUUUAGGCUUGCCUUGACAAAGGGGUUGAAUACUUAUUGACUCGAUACAUUUCAGCUUAAAAUGUUUAAUUGGGAAAAAAAUUGAAAAACAUCAUUCCAAUUUGACAUUAUGGGGUUGUGUGUGUAGGCCAGUGACCAAAACAUCUUAAUUUAAUCAAUUUAAAAUUCGGACUGUAACACAAAAUGUGGAAAAAGUCAAGCGGUGUGAAUACUUUCUAAAGGCACUGUAUAUAAUGAAUAUGAAUUUGGAAAUUAUUAAAUAUUAAAGCAUUGGACCUCUCACUAAAGGCUUUAGUCAUACAAAAACUAUACUUAAAUCCAAACUGGUUCUCUAGCAGACUAUUAAGAAUGGCUCACCCCGUAUUCAAGAAUGGCCUUUUUCCCUUUUCAGAUAACCUCUCACUUUUGGUUAUUUGAAAAUGAAAUAAUCUCCAAAAUAUAGCUAUUUUUAAAACAAACCAUAGAAAGCUGGUUGCAAUUUCAGUUUAAUCCACCAGAAAAGGCAGAACAAAUAUUAGAACAAAUAUUAUGGUUAAACUCAAAUAUUCUAAUUUAUAAAAAAUAACAUUAUUUUUGAAUGCUCUUUGUAAAUUAUAUCAUAAAUAGGACUGGAGGAGUUAUGUUACACAUGCAGUUAACAAAAAUAUAUGGAAAUGUCUGCUCUAUCUAAAAUGAUAACCAACUGAUUGCAGCAUUACCUCAAAAAUGGAGGAGGCAAGUGGAAAGGGGAGAAGGUAAUGGACUUGUCUGUCGGCCCUGCAUUAAAGACCAAAAUUGGCUAAAGAAAAUUGUGAUAAAUAAAUAAGUAUACCAGGUUAAUUGAAGGACCCACAUAUGUAUGGCUGCGCCAUACAGGUUGCAAAAAUAGUUGGGAGGAGAUUUUCGAGGUACCAAUACCAUGGCACAUGGUGUAUGAAUUGAUACACAAAACAACGCCAGAUUCAAAACGUUUUUUUAUUUUUAUUUUAAAUUAUUAUACAACAUUCUUGCAACCAAUAGAAUUGUAUAUGUAUGGGGGAUACAACCAUCCCAGCUCUGCUGAUUUUGCUGGGAAGAGACAGAAUCAUUAGAUCACUUGUUUAGGUACUGCCUAUAUAUAGCUUGUUCUUGUCGCAGUUUCAGGUAUGGCAAAAAAAUAUAACACUUGCUUGGAGCUAACUCUGCAAAUAGCAUUGCUGGGUGAUUUGAAAAGUCCUAGUCAAUCAAUCAGUAAUAUAAUAGUCUUAGCAAAAAAUGUUUAUAUAAUUAACCAUCUGUAGAAACUAUUAGAAUGGAAAGGUUCAGAACUGUUGCGAAACAUCACAGCACAGUGGAAAAAGAUAUGGCAAAUAGAAAUCAAAACUGGAUGGUCUUCAGAGAUAGAUGGGAGGAGUUGAGGGUAGCUGAAGGCUGUGACUAAAAACAAAUAAAAGAUAACUAAUGUAAAAUAUACUGUCAAUAAAAUGUAUAUAGCAUGUAUAAGCUGGAAGUAGAAGCCUAUGUGUAUUGUCCAUUAGUUUACUCCAAUUAGGGCAGGGGAGGGGUGGUAGGGUUAGCGAGAAAUAAUAAAGAAGGAAAAUAUAUAUUUAAAAUAAUAUAUAUUUAUACAAAAUAUAUGGGGGAUUGGAAAGGGUGCAGAUAUAUACUUUGAUAGAUCCCACAAUCUAUCUUUAAUAUUAAAGCUUAUCUACCAACUAAACAAAUAUAUUUAAAAAAAACAUGUUGGUUAUUUCUUACUUCAUCCUGUCUUCUCUAUCACAGCUUUCAGUUUGGAUACAGAGCAGCCGGACUUCGACCUGGAUUCAGAGGAUGAGGUGUUUGUGAAUAAGCUGAAGAAGAAGAUGGAGAUAACCUCAGUGCAGUUUGAGGAGAUGAUCGACCGGCUGGAGAAAGGCAGUGGCACGCAGGUACUUUACCAAACCACACCACAAUGCUAAAGGCACUUCUCUCAGAAAAUGGGACAUAGGCCAGUGUUUGUCAAACCUCUUCUCGACUACCAUUCUGCUUAUUUGAUCAAAAAAGUGGAACGGGUAGACGUAGGGCUGUGGCGGACACAAAAUUUAGUCAGCCGGUGAUUGUCAAGCAAAUAACUGUCGGUCUUACGGUAAUUUACCGUUAAUUAACAUAAACACAUUUAGCAUCUCCUGGCUUCCACACAGCCUACAAGCCAUUUUUAAAAAGUCUAAUAAAUCCAUGUAGUAUAGCCUACACCUUCACAAUACAUCCAUUAUUUAUUUUAGACAGGUCUAAAGAAGCAUGAUAUGAAGAAAAUGUAGUCUAUUUCAGAAGAAAAGAAUAGCAUACUCUGAGUUGACCUUAUGUUAGGUCCUGAUGUAGAAAAUAAUAGCAUACUGAGUUGUCCUUAUGUUAAGUCCUGAUGUGGCUAUGCCAAAUGGCUGUGGGCUACACUAGUUCAUUUAGCAGACAAGAUUUGCUUUAAAUUCCAUGGCAUUAUUUUAUAGUAUACAUAAAAUAUACAUUAUAAAAUAUACAUUAUUUUAUAGCGGCAGGUAGCUUAGUGGGUAAGAGCGUUGUGCCAGUAACCGAAAGGUCGCUGGUUCUAAUCCCCGAGCCGACUAGGUGAAAAAUCUGUCGAUGUGCCCUUGAGCAAGGCACUUAACCUUAAUUGCUCCUGUAAGUCGCUCUGGAUAAGAGCGUCUGCUAAAUGACUAAAAUGUAAAUGUAAAUGAAUACAAUUGAACAAAGCUGAAUAAAAUAUAAAUAUUUUCUCCGAAUGAUUUGAGGGAGUGCGCACAUGCGGCUAUUCUGUGUUGAGCGGUUAACAAAGAAAUAGGUACUCCUAUAUGCUUAAUUUAGAGUUAUUAAUGUAACUUUAGUUGUUCUACAAACAUUGGGCUAUAUGUUUUGAUAUUUAAUACAUUGUAAGGCUGCAUGAUGAGAUUAUAAUGAUUUAGAAAAAAGUUGCUUGAAAGGCAUGAGCUCUGCUUUGUUUUUUUGUGCAGGCUGUACACACCAAUAGUCUCACAUUCACAAUUUCACAAGCACUUGAUAAUGCCUCGAAUUUCACGGCGGCAUCCCCUUUGUGGCCGUAAUGCGGCCCAGAGUGCUGCGUUGUGCCCUUUUCCCUGAGUGUGCUGUGCAAUCCGAAACGUCUCUCACUCACACUGCUCUCUGUCACGUCAUCGGGUCUUUCUCACAGGCUACAAGUUAAGACGACACAACGGGGACGCAACUGUGCGUGUCCUUAUCCAAUUCCGAGGUGCAUAUUGAAGAUGUUGGAAGAGCUGUCCACAUUUACUUUUUGUCAGCCAACAAGAUGAGUAGGCCUAACUAGCCUAGGUCAAUCUACUAUCCCCCAUAGUACAAAAGUCGACCUAUUCUGUGCGAGAAAUAAAUAUUCCAAACAUAUUCUGGGACAGUUGUGGGAUACGAUAGAUCCCAAAUUAAUACAACCACUAGCAUCAACAGAUAAGAAAGUUUAGCUUAAAAUGUUGAUAAACUAUUAGGCUAUUUCUUAUAAGCGCGAAUGUUCCAUUAGCGGAAAACACCAUUAUCAAAAGUGACCGCAAAUGCAAUUAUGCAUGUAAUGCUUUUAUUAUAAAGGUGCAUUUUUAUGGUAAAUAAUCUUACCCAAACAUGAAACUCAUGCACUGCUUAUAUAUGCCAGUUAAGCUCUACACCCCUUUUAAAGCGGAUUAAUGUGCUUAAUUUUAAGAAGUUAUUUUGCCACUUUAGUUGUGAUACAAACCUUAUUAAAACAUAUAUGCCUAUGGGCUAGGCAACAUGAGGUGUGCAACUAUGAUUAGAAAAAGUGGGGCGGGAAAAGGCAUUAUUUCUUAUGCUGGGCAUCAUUCACAAGUGAUGAUAAUAUAAUUCACAAGUGAUAGGCUAAUAUUGUCACCCAUCAGACUAUUCUUGAUUUAAUCUUUACUAUAUAAUAUAUGUGACAUUUGUUUUGAUUUAGUUUGGACCAUUAUUAUGCACCUGUAUCGAACCAGGGGCAGCGGGAAAAAAUACAUGUCAUCUAUGCACUGAGAGAAUGGAGGACGCUUUUCCCCGUGAUUUCUUUUCAUUCCAGCCAGGUAGCCAAUACUCCUGUUGUAAAUAUAAGCAAUGUGCUUAAUAUUAGGAAAGUUGAGAAAUAAAUAUAGUAGGCCUAGCCUAUAGAAAGCUGAUGGGAUCCACUUUUUAUUAGCCACCAUCACUCUGUUUUCUCCCACAAUUUCAUACCCUAUAGAAAUGUUGCGCCGCAACAGCUCAUGGGCUCUCAUGAAGUGUUUGAUAAAAUUUUCAAAUACAUUUGCAUUGAUGUCAGAGUGAUUAGAGGGACAAUAGUGCUAAGUACUAGGCAGUUAGCAAGUUUGGUAGGCUACUAAUAAUCAGCAGCAGCAUCAGAGCUUGGAGAAACCUAUUUACCGUGACUAAACGGUCAUGUGAAAUUUGACUGACUUCAUGACUCGUGGCUGCCGAUGUGACGGUAAUACGGUCACCGCAACAGCCCUAGGUAGGCGGUGGAUUAUUGAGUACUAGAAAGAAGUGACUAAAUGUGUUGUCUCCUCAGCUGGUGAGCCUGCAGGAGGCCAAGCUGCUGCUGAAGGAGGAUGACGAGCUGAUCAAGGAGGUGUUUGACUACUGGACCAGGAAGAGGAAAAACUGUAAGAGCGGCUCGCUCAUCCCCACGGUGAAGCAGGAGAAGAGGGAUGGAUCCAGCACCUCAGACCCUUACGUGGCCUUCCGCAGGAGGACUGAGAAGAUGCAGACCAGAAAGGUGAGCCACGACCUAGGUAGGAUGACGGGACUAAACAAGGGCUGCAUGCAAGUAUAAUAAACCAUUUCACUUUCAGAAAGGGGGGCUUUUCACAUAACAUUGGGAUCCAGGACAGGGUUGAGGGAACGUUCUUACCCACGUUUCUGUAUUCACUAGUGUGUCAUUUGGCUUCAUCAAUAAGUGCAUCGAUGACGUCGUCCCCACAGUGACCGUACGUACAUACCCCAACCAGAAGCCAUGGAUUACAGGCAACAUCCGCACUGAGCUAAAGGGUAGAGCUGCCGCUUUCAAGGAGCGGGACUCUAACCCGGAAGCUUAUAAGAAAUCCCGCAAUGCCAUCCGAAGAACCAUCAAGCAGGCAAAGAGUCAAUACAGGACUAAGAUUGACUCGUGCUCCGACGCUCGUCGGAUGUGGCAGGGCUUGCAAACUAUUACAGACUACAAAGGGAAGCACAGCCGCGAGCUGCCCAGUGACACAAGCCUACCAGAUGAGCUAAGUCACUUCUAUGCUCGCUUCGAGGCAAGCAACACUGAAGCAUGCAUGAGAGCAUCAGCUGUUCCGGAUGACUGUGAUCACGCUCUCCGUAGCCGAUGUGAGUAAGACUUUUAAGCAGGUCAACAUUCACUGAGUAAGACUUUUAAGCAGGUCAACAUUCACUGAGUAAGACUUUUAAGCAGGUCAACAUUCACUGAAAGAUUACCAGGACGUGUAGCAUGCGCUGACCAACUGGCAAGUGUCUUCACUGACAUUUUCAACAUGUCCCUGACUGAGUCUGUAAUACCAACAUGUUACAAGCAGACCACCAUAGUUCCUGUGCCCAAGAACACUAAGAUAACCUGUCUAAAUGACUACCGACCCGUAGCACUCACGUCUGUAGCCAUGAAGUGCUUUGAAAGGCUGGUCAUGGUAUGAUCUGAAGAAAAUGUAGUCUAUUUCAGAAGAAAAUAAUAACAUACUCUGAGUGGUCCUGAUAUGGCUAUGCCAAAUGGCUGUGGGCUACACUAGUUCAUUUAAUUUUACAUUUUAGUCAUUUAGCAGGCGCUCUUAUCCAGAGUGACUUACAGUUAGUGAGUGCAUACAUUUUUUUUUCAUACUGGCCCCCCGUGGAAAUCGAACCCACAACCUCAUGAGUUCUCCAUGACAGUAGGUUCGAUUAAUGAAAUUGUAGGCUCCUGACCUAAAUAGGCUGAGGAGCCUGAAGCUCCAACCAGCCAUCAUUGCCUGAAGCUCCAACCAGCCAUCAUUGCCUGAAGCAACUUUGAAUAGAAUUGGCACAGGCACAUUUAUACCACAUUAGAAUCCAUUUCAUAACAAAUGUCAUACGCACAUGUACAUCAAUUUUUUUUUUAAUUCACAUUUGUCCCUUUGUGGUUUUUAAACAUGUGCAAUAUGUACAAGGAUUGCUCUAGAGUUAGAUAAUGUACAAUAAUUAAUCAGUCUACUGAAAUGGUCAUUGUCUUUGGGCAGCAGCCUCUUCUCUGGCUUUAAAUCCCAGCAGUUAGCAGACAAGAUUUGCUUUAAAUUCCGUGGCAUUAUUUUAUAGUAUGAAGAAUACAAUUGAACAAAGGUGAAUAAAAUAUAAAUAUUUUCUCUGAAUGAUUUGAGGGAGUGCGCACAUGCGGUUAUUCUGUGUUGAGCAGUUAAUAAAGAAAUAGGUACUCCUAUAUGCUUCAUUUAGAGUUAAGUUUAAUGUAACUUUAGUUUAAUACAUUGUAAGGCUGCAUGAUGAGACUAUAAUGAUUUAGAAAAAAGUUGCUUGAAAGGCAUGAGCUCUGCUUAGUUUUUUUGCGCAGGCUGUACACACUCCAAUAGUCACAUUCACAAUUUGACAAGCACUUGAUAAUGCCUCGAAUUUCACUGCGGCAUCCCCUUUGUGGCCGUAAUGCACCCUAAAAGAAUCCAUGCCUUUUGCUGCCCAGAGUGCUACAUUGUGCCCUUUUUCCGGAGUGCGCUGUGCAAUCCGAAACGUCUCUCACUCACACUGCUCUCAGUCACGUCAUCGGGUCUUUCGCACAGGCUACAAGUUAAGACAACACAUCGGGGACGCAUCUGCGUGUGUCCUUAUCCAAUUCCGAGGUGCAUAUAGAUGUUGGAAGAGCUGUCCACAUUUACUUUUCGUCAGCCAACAAGAUGAGUAGGCCUAACGAACAGCAAAAGCACUAGCCUAGGUCAAUCUACUAUCCCCCAUAGUACAAAAGUUGACCUAUUCUGUGUGAGAAAUAAAUAUUCCAAACAUAGUCUGGGACAGUUGUGGGAUGCGAUAGAUCCCAAAAAAGGCUGGUCAUGGCUCAGAUCAACACCAUUAUCCCAGAAACCCUAGACCCACUCAAUUUGCAUACCGCCCCAACAGAUCCACAGAUGAUGCAAUCGCUAUUGCACUCCACGCUGCCCUUUCCCACCUGGACAAGAGGAACACGUACGUGAGAAUGCUAUUCGUUGACUACAGCUCAGCGUUCCAACAUCAUUGUGCCCUCAAAGCUCAUCACUAAGCUAAGGACCCUGAGACUAAACACCUCCCUCUGCAACUGGAUCCUGGACUUCCUGACGGGUCGCCCCCCAGGUGGUAAGGGUAGGUAACAACACAUCUGCCUCGCUGUUCCUCAACACGGGGUUCCCUCAGGGGUGCGUACUCAGUCCCCUCCUGUACUCCCUGUUCACCCAUGACUGCAUGGCCAGGCACGACUCCAACAUCAUCAUUAAGUUUGCCGACACAACAGUGGUAGGCCUGAUCACCGACAACGAUGAGACAGCCUAUAGGGAGGAGGUCAGAGACCUGGCCGUUUGAUGCCAGGAUAACAACCUUUCCCUCAACGUGAUCAAGACAAAGGAGAUGAUUGUGGACUACAGGGGAAUAAAAGGGGACUGAGCACACCCCCAUUCUCAUCAACGGGGCUGUAGUGGAACAGGUUGAGAGCUUCAAGUUCCUUGGUGUCCACAUCACCAACAAAUGUAUCAUGGUCCAAACACACCAAGACAGUCGUGAAGAGGGCACGACAAAGCCUAUUCCCCCUCAGGUGACUGAAAAGAUUUGGCAUGGGUCCUCAGACCCUCAAAAAGUUAUACAGCUGCACCAUCGAGAUCAUCCUGACUGGUUGCAUCACCGCCUUAUGUCAACUGCUCGUCCUCCGACCGCAAUGCACUUCAGAGGGUAGUGUGUACGGCCCAGUGCAUCACCGGGGCCAAGCAUACUGCCAUCCAGGACCUCUAUACCAGGCGGUGUCAGAGGAAGGCCCGAAUAAUUAUCAAAGACUCCAGCCAUCCUAGUCAGACUGUUCUCUCUGCUACCGCACGGCAAGCGGGCCAAGUCUAGGUCCAAAAGGCUUCUUAACAGCUUCUACCCCCAAGCCAUAAGACUCCUGAACAGCUAAUCAUGGCUACCCGGGCUAUUUGCAUUUUCCACCACACCCCCUCUUUUACGCUCCUGCUACUCUAUUUAUUAUCUAUGCAUAGUCACUUUAACUCUACCCACAUGUACAUAUUACUUCGAUAAACUGGUGCCCCCACACAUUGACCCUGUACCGGUACCCCCUGUAUAUAGCCUCCCUACUGUUAUUUUAUUUUACUGCUACUCUUUAAUUAUUUUCUAUUUUUAUUUUUUACAUAACACUUUUUUUUCUUUUCUUAACUGCGUUGUUGGGCUGUAAGUAAGCAUUUCACUGUAAGGUCUACACCUGUUGUAUUCGGCGCAUGUGGAAAAUAAAAGUUGAUUUCAUUUAGCCAUAACCUAUUCUCAGGAAGUGACAGUAAAGCAGAGAACCUAGUUAAUAUUUUAAAGAAGGAAAAUGCCUCCAUAAAUACUGCUCCCAUUAUUUAUUCCUGCACCAACAUAGAUGUUAACAUCUACCUUGUUUCUCUGCAGAACCGUAAGAAUGACGAGGCUGGGUAUGAGAAGAUGCUGAAACUGCGGAGGGAUCUGAGCCGAGCCGUCACCAUUCUGGAGAUGAUCAAGAGGAGGGAGAAGAGCAAGAGAGAGCUGCUGCACCUCACCCUGGAGAUUGUAGAGAAGAGGUGAGAACUUUUUCAUAUUUUUACGUUUUAUUCAUAUGAAUGAGGGAGAAGGAUAAGGUCAUCACCGUGAGGAAAGAAUGGGUAACUCCGGAAUCAAACCCCCACCUUUUCUCUCUGUGAUUUGGUUUAUGGAUUUUUCUACUGUUGUGGAUUAUGAAUUAAUUUUUCCCCAAAUCAAUGAAACAGUUACUUUCUCCGUGACUGUAGCAGACUAUUAAUUAUACCGUUUUUGUUAGACACACCGGCCAUUUUGGAUCUUUGGCUUGGGUAUUAGCCUGUCUGGUUGAUUUAACCUGUGAUGUUUGUUAACCCAAGGAAACUCAGUUAGGAGUCCGGGCAGGCUGGGUGUCCCCCCCCAAAUGGCACCUUAUUAGAAUAUUUCUUAAUACAUUUUGGGGGGCUUGCUGUUCCCUUGUGGAGCCGUCUAUUGGUGAAUCCCAAAUGGCACCACCCUAUUCCCUAAUAUAGUGCACUACUUUUGAAGAGGGCACAUUUGGCUCUGGUCAAAAGUAGUGCAUUAUGCAGACAAUAGGCUGCCAUUUGGGACUCCAAAUGGCACCCUAUUCCCUAAUAUAGUGCACUACUUUUGAAGAGGGCACAUUGGGCUCUGGUCAAAAGUAGUGCAUUAUGCAGACAAUAGGCUGCCAUUUGGGAAUCAACCUAUCUAAAUAUGACCUAUUAGAAUGGAAUAGAUUCCAUCUGAAAGUAGCUGUCACUGCGACUUUAGAUUAGACUUCUUUCUGAUUUGUAGUGCUUCUGAUUUGUAGUGACAUUUCAAUUUCCGCCUGUUAUCAGCCUGCCCUGCGCUGGUCGCUCCCUGUAUUCCUAUGGUUUUAUUUUUACUUGGAGAUAGAUUGGGAUAUUAUUCUAUUUUUGAUGGGAGAUGUUUUGCACUCCUAUGCUAAAAGGCUUGUCAGGUGGCCAACUUCCUUCACUGUGCUUUUCUGGGCAUUUUCUCUAAUUUGAAAUGGUGUAUCCUGCUCGUAUCCAGUAACCUGCAGGUGCAGAGUACAAAAAGUGAAGUCAUUUAAAAAAAAAAGGUUACUUGCACACUGUUGAAUGUUCCUGCAGUUUUAUUGUGCAACGUUUUGACCCAAAAAGGUAUUUCGCCGAGUCCUAACCAUUUCUCUCCGUGUAUCCUCCCCAGGAACGGCAUGCCUGAUUAUGGCAGUGAGGUGAUGGCUGAGGCCCUGGCCCAGAGGGCUCUGGUGAAGCCCAUCUACACGAUACCCAUCAUUCCCCUCUCCAACAGCAAC